GACUUGAAAGAAACGUACCGCUGGCUUCAAUGCCCACCUUAAAUAAAAUAUCUCACCCAAAACAGUUGACUUCGUCUUUGGUUCAUUAAUUUAAUUUACAAAAAGUAAAUGGGUUUCCUUCCAAGUUAAGCACUUCAAUCGAAGACGAUGCAAGGGAGAGGGUAAUUAAUUAGAUCUCAAUAGCUACUUACAGGCCAUGGCAUACAUGGAUCCUGGAUUGUACAAAGCCGCAGCAGAAGGCAAUACUGAUACCUUGGAAACAUAUGCAGAAAGUCUAGACCUUGCACUGACACCAAAAAAGAACACAAUCUUGCAUAUCCAUUUAACCUCUCCCAGUAAGAAAUCUACCCAUUUUGUCAAACAGGCACUUCAAUUUUGUCCAAAGUUGCUGUGGCAAAUCAAUAUCAAUGGUGAUACCCCGUUGCACAUCGCAGCAAGGUAUGGGCAUUUCGAUAUAGCGAAAUUGCUAAUUGAACAGGCCAAUGUUCCCAAUGAAGAUCUCGAGAGUGGGAUAGGAGCCGCCAGACGGAUGCUGAGGAUGGUGAAUGUAAAGAAAGACGCAGCUUUACAUGAAGCUGCUCGAAAUAAUCACCUGAAAGUUGUGAAAUUGUUGACCCAUCUGGACCCUUAUUUUCAAUAUCCUGCCAAUGAUUGCGAAGAAACUCCACUUUACCUGGCUGCAAGAAAAGGGUACCUGUACAUGGUCAUUGAAAUGUUGAAAACUUGUCAAUCUCUGGCUUAUCUUGGCCCCAAGGGCAAAACGGCAUUACAUGCUGCAGUAUUGAGCCACAAUCGAGGGAUUGUGUGUGAAAUACUAGAAAAGAAAAGGGAAUUGGCCAUCCAAGUAGAUGAAAAUGGAUGGACUCCGCUUCACUAUGCUGCAUAUGGCAUGGAUGAUUUAGGGGCUUGUGUUAUUGUGCAGAGGCUAUUAGAAUAUGGUAGAUCUGCUGCCUAUAUUGUGGACAACGUUAGAAAAAGGACAGCUCUUCACAUUGCAGCUUGCAGAGGAAAUGCACGCAUAAUGAGACAGAUUAUUUCUAAAUGCACAGAUUGUUGCGAACUCACCGAUGAUAGGAGCUGGAAUGUUCUUCAUUACGCUGUGAUUAGCAAAAGUGAUGAAGCCUUACAAGUAGUCCUCCGAAUCUCUUCGCUGAUUGAACUUAUAAAUGAGAAAGAUAUCAAAGGGAAUACUCCUCUCCAUCUACUUGCUGUUUCCCGCCCUUACUUGCCUUCUAUCAUUUGUGAUGGAGAAGAAGAUCUCAAUGCGUUUUACAAACAGCAUGUGCGCUCUAGAGACAACUUACUUGCAGACCUUCAACAACCAAAGGAAAGAAUUUUGGAGUGGAUGGAAGAUCUGGGUAAUGGACCAAUGGGCCAAAUUUGUAUCAACAAGAAACGCAGUUGGGAAAUACAAGAUUUGAGAAGCGGACCAAAGGAGGCAAAAGUCCUUGCUGAAUUCGAGAAAUCUAAAGACUCCUUUUUGGUAGUGUCAGGACUUGUAGCAACAGUAACAUUUGCUGCAGCAUUCACAUUACCAGGAGGUUACAAAAGCGACGAAAGAGACCCUGAUCAAGGCACUGCAAUUCUGAGCAAAAAUUCAGCUUUUGAAGUAUUUGUCAUAUCAGAUUCCAUAGCCAUGGUUCUGUCCACUUGUUCUGUUUUUAUUCAUUUUAUUGUGAUGCUGCUUGGAUAUCAAGAAAAAUACUGGUGGUUAAUCCGGUCUGCGCUUUUGUUCAUCAUGUUUGCCAUGGGAGCGAUGGUGGUUGCAUUUGCCACAGGCACAUAUGCAGUUCUAUCACCUUCCUUGGGGCUUGCUAUUGCCACCUGUUUCAUUGGCCUUAGUUUCUUUAUCUAUGUGUCUUACAUGCUGAAAAGGUUAUAUAGCAAACAUCUAGAAAAAGCCUACCUAGAAGCUGCAACGAGUAUCUCCAGAAUGUGGAUUAAAAUCAGGUUGUCAAGGCCCCUUCUAUCCUAGCAAACCCCAAGUUAUGUUUCAUUGCCCUGAGCUUUUUCUUCUAUUGGUUUUACAGUUCUUCAACAAACAGCUAUGAAGAGUUUCUAUCCAUAGCAGCAAACACGUUUGGCAUUAUAUAUAUGUCAAACUGAAUCAAUAAACCCAAUUCAUAAUUCAA